AUGGCCAACAAUGGAUAUGAUAGCUCUUCUAGUGAUGAGACAGGUGCCAACAUAAUGUUUUUGGAAAUGUUCGAAAACUACCAAAGGAAAAAAAUAGCGAAGAAGAAGGAGAAGACCUCGAUGGUUGUCCACGGGGGUACAUCAUUUCGCAUGAGGCGUAAGUUGUUUAAUCGAAUACUGGAACAAAUUGUCCCUUUCGAUGAUUGCUUCAAACAAAAACCCGAUGCCACUAGAAAGCUUGGUUUCUCACCACAAGUGAAGAUAACAACCACCAUACGUAUGCUUGCAUAUGGUACGGCAGCUGACCUCAAUGAUGAUUACUUGAAGAUAGCAGAGAUCACAUCCUUUGAAGCUUGCAAGAGAUUCUGUCAUGUAGUCAACAACUUAUACGAAGAUGAAUAUCUUUGUAAACCAACUAGAGCGGACCCACAAAAACUGCUCCAAAAAGCUGAGGAACGGGGGUUUCCUGACAUGCUAAAGAGGCUUGACUGCAUGCAUUAG